GAAAGAGUGGCUAGCACUGAAAGCCGAGUACAUUGCCCAACAGAAAUCUCAUGUAGCAGCCUUGAAGGAGUCAUUACGGGAACUUCGUCAACAAGAAACCAAUUCGUGGUCAACUGGUCAGUAAUGGCUUAUUUGAAUAGCAUGUUAGAUUUCUUUGUUGGCAUUAAUUCUUACUGAAUGAAAAUUUCAUAGGAUUAUAUAAUUUCAUGUAACAUAUUAUAGGAUUAUAUUUAUAUUUCAUGUAACGUGCUUCUUACAAAUUUUAGUCUUUUGCUAUUAAUAGAUCAUUAGAUCAACUUUGUCAAUUUGUUUAAUACCCAGACAAUGAUGACAAGAUGAAAGUCCUCAUGCCAUUAACAUAUCUUCUGACAAUUAACUUUAAAAGAUUAAUUUAAAAAACAGACAGGAAAAAUAAGCAAAUACAGCUGGGUCAAAAAUUUCAUCGAUUGACAAAAUACUCCGAAGGUUCCACAUGUUCCUUUAAAUGGUGUAGAACCAUUCCACAUGUUCCUUUAAAUGGUCUAGAACCAUUUUCACGUUCCUUUAAAUGGUGUAGAAUCAUUUCCACAUGUUCCUUUAAACGGUCCUGAACCAUUUCCACAUGUUCCUUUAAAUAAUCUAGAACCAUUUUCACAUGUUCCUUUAAAUGGUCCUGAACCAUUUCCACAUGUUCCUUUAAGAGGUCUAGAACCAUUUCCACAUGUUCCUUUAAACGGUCUAGAACCAUUUCCACAUGUUCCUUUAAACAGUCUAGAACCAUUUCCACAUGUUCCUUUAAACGGUCUAGAACCAUUUCCACAUGUUCCUUUAAACGGUCUAGAACCAUUUCCACAUGUUCCUUUAAACGGGCUAGAACCAUUUCCACAUGUUCCUUUAAACGGUCUAGAACCAUUUCCACAUGUUCCUUUACAAAUUGUUGUGGAUCAGGUACAGGAAACAAACAUUUAAAUUUAGAAGAUGUGUUCGGCACCAAACGUUUGAAAGCAAGUCAAGAGGUUAAAAUGGCCCAUGUGGAAAGUCUCAAGUUCACACCUAAUGUCAUCAUCCAGUGGAAGUGUUCUCACGAAGUACACAGAGAUAAAAUUAAGGUCAGUGGAAGUGUUCUCAUGAUGUACACACAGAUGAAAUUAAGGUCAUAGAAUUAUUUUAGGGUGAACUUACGAUAUAUUUUUGUUUAGAAAAGUCAUAAUCAGUUUGUACCGGGUUAGGGUUAGGGUUUGUGCUGUAGAAGAAUUAUAAUAUGAGAAACAUCAUUCUUUUUUAGACUUAUGGGUGACAAAAUAACAGAUCUUGUUUUGGAACUCCCCGUACAGAGACUGUAAUCAUACAUUGUCCUAUUUCAUACAGACAAUGUUUAAAGAAAUAAGUGGCGACAGUAUCGCCUACAUUGAUGCCAAAGAAGAAGCCAAAACGGGAUACAUUCGUUUCAAAGAUGAAGCAAGUGCUGAAGAGUUUGCCAGAAUGUCGAGGCAGUCGACAUCCUUCAUGGCAAGAGUUUUGCCAGGUAAAAAAUAUUCCUUGUCUAAUUUUGUUUUCUAUGAAGCCAAACAAAACAAAGCUCUUGACAGUGAUGAAAUGUGGACAAACACAAUAAUUGUUUUCUUUUUAAAUGACCAGUCGAUCAGCAAGAGGCUUACUGGGUCAAGGCCAACGAGGACCGUUUAAAGAAACUGGGUAGCAAGAAAAAAGAGAAGGGAUCAGAGAGGGUGAGUGGCUCCAACAUCACAAUUCAAAUGUUCAAACUUUUAAAUAUAUAAGUAAAAUGAUAUGUUGUAGUUCCAGUCAGUUGACGUGGACGGUCAUUAAGACCAUUUUUCAGAUAACCCUCAUUUUGACUGAUUAUUAUUGGGCGUGACUUUAGGUCAUAGGUCAGAUGACUUAGACUGGCUUUGACCUCAUAAGCACAUUUUUACAAGGAUUGACAGGUCGUGUCUAAGUUAUCAGAGUUGAGAGGCAGUAUGAAGGCAGAGUGUGCUGUCUUUCCACAGUCCACCAGUUUGAAGGCAGUGUGAGCUGUCUUUCCACAGUCCACCAGUUUGAAGGCAGAGUGUGCUGUCUUUCCACAGUCCACCAGUUUGAAGGCAGAGUGUGCUGUCUUUCCACAGUCCACCAGUUUGAAGGCAGAGUGUGCUGUCUUUCUUUCCACCCACCAACAAAGUUGCUUCUAUACAGAAAUUGCAGUUUUCUUUUCCUUUCUUACACUAUCAAUUGACUGAGCACCGUCCAAUGUCCAUCAAUUCCCGUUCAAUCUCUGGUUUACACCGGAAAUCACUCACUGGAAACCCCAUGUGUGCUUGAACAAACUCUUUGAUUUGUAAGCAUUUCAUUUUUUAAUAAGUGUAUCAGCUUCUCUGGUACCAUGUUUGAAUUUUCUAGAAUGUCUAAUAGUGCUUAACUAAUUCAAUUCAGUUUUCACUGGUACGGCUCCCCCUCUCCACAGCUCACAGUGUUACAGCUCCGCCCUCUCCCCAGCUCGGCCUCUGGGGGAUUUUCACGAAUUCUCGGUUUUUCUAGGAACAAUGACGAUAUCAGCCAUUAUGUUGUAACCAAUGCCACAUAUCUUUUCUUUAUCUUUACCACCUGACAAACGUCACCUUAUUCCUCCUUAAACUGGUCUCACUUUAGAGUGAAUUAAUUCACACGCAUGUAAUACUUUUUCUUCAUUUAGCAGGGACAUAUUUAAAAAUGUAAAUUACCUAAAAUUUAAAUGUAAACUUACAAUGUAAUGUAAACGAAAACAACUAAAUUCUAAUGUUUACAUUGUAAAAUUAACAAAGAACGAUGACGUUGUGGAAUUCAUCAAAAUGGUCAAACUUUAUUGAAAGAUAAAAGUAUCUUUAUCUGAUGGUGAUAUUUAACCUUAGACUUGGACGCAUGGUUUAAGAACUUCAAUACUUCAAUAUUAAUCUUCUUGUUGGAUCUGCAUCCUUCAACAAAAUAAACUAGCACAUGUUCCAAUGCAGUCCAGAACAACACCACCAGGUCAAGAAUGACAGUCAACCCCAGACCAAAACUACACUCACAAAACAAAACAUUGCUUUUAAAUGUGCUUCAGAUUUGAGCCAUUUUCUUAUGUGCUUCAGAUUUGAGCCAUUUUCUUAUGUGCUUCAGAUUUGAGCCAUUUUCUUAUGUGCUUCAGAUUUGAGCCAUUUUCUUAUGUGCUUCAGAUUUGAGCCAUUUUCUUAGGCCACUUCAAAAGCUGAAGUUAAAAAAAAAAAAAGAAAAAAAAUUUAAUGCAUGCCUGCAGUAUGAGGAAUCACCACAGAAAACUUCAGCUACAUAGGGCUUAUUUUUGCUAGUGAUCAGUGAGUCAGUGCCAUUUUUCUAGUGAUCAGUGAGUCAGUGCCAUUUUUGCUAGUGAUCAGUGAGUCAGUGCCAUUGUUGCUAGUGAUCAGUGAGUCAGUGCCAUUUUUGCUAGUGAUCAGUGAGUCACUCAGUGCUAUUUCGCUUUUAUGUGUGUGUGUAUAUAUAUUUUUGAUUCUUUUUUUUUUUUUCAGAUUGCGAGAAAAGUAUUUGAGAGAAACAAAGCAACAUUCCAGCAAAAAGCCACCAGAAUUGUGUUUAAUGAGGAUGAUGACGACAAUGUCAAUGUCAACAAGAAAACCACCAUUAUAGAAUCUGCCAAUCUAAAUAACUAAAUGUCAAUGUCGACUGUGAGCAGGCCAUUAAUAAAAACUUGGUUUACUUCUAGACUCAUUGGAUUGUCAAUGCGUCUGUCAGUGUUAAUACAAGAACAUGUCACCGGUGUGUCUGUGAAUGUUGUGACAAGUACAUGUCACCAAUGUGUCUCUCAUUGUUGUCACAAGAACAUGUCACAGAUGUGUCUGUCAAUGUUGUCACGAGAACUUGUCACCAGAAAAUUGAGCGCACACUUAGUUCUGUUUGUGUCUUCAACCCAGAAAAAGCUAAGAAUAGGUGACGGCAGUCUUCAAUCAAAGCCUGCUAGGCUUUGACGAAACCAUCCAAUAGACCCACCCAAUAGACCCACCCAAUAGACCCACCCAAUAGACCCACCCAAUAGACCCACCCAAUAUGAGACAAGUUUGAAUGUACUUGAUUAGUGCAUGACUAAAUAAAGAAGCAUUUAUUCAAACAAAUUUUAAUGCCCAGAAGCCAAAGCCAAAGUUGAAUGUCUUUAAUGUUACACUAAGAUUACACUUAUGUUACACUAAUGUUACACUUAUGUUACACUAAUGUUACACUUAAACUUGUUCUUGUUUGUUUUCCUACUUGACAGUUCAUGCAUUUGAAAGACAUGUUU